AUGAAAUGUAUGUUACUUGCAGAAAACAGGCAAGCUCUGGCUGAAAGAAAUAAGGCUCUGCUACAAUCUUCAAUUGAAUGUUAUACAUUGUCCAGAACAUACCUCGUCAAAACCGGGAUUCAAAAUCAAUUCCCAAUUGAGCAAACGACAUCUGUUAACCAACCAACUGGUAGAACUACUAGACCUGGUCAGAUUGUUCGGAGGCGCUCAGUGGAUAAUCCUCCACGACCAACACUUCAACAGCUGGCGACUAGUGCAAGGAAUUCACGAUCUCCAACUCGAAGUGGCAAUCUACCACCUCCAGUUCGUAAUCCGUCACGGAAUCCACCACCUCUACCUUCGAAUCGGUUCCCUUCACCGCCUCCAGUUCAUAAUCCGCCAGUGAAUCCACCACCGGCUUCAACUACCAAUCCGCCAGCUCAAGUUGGCAAUCCUGUACCUGGACCUUCAGGGUCCCAACCACCAGCUCAAGUUGGCAAUCCUGUACCUGGACCUUCAGGGUCUCAACCACCAGCUCCAGCUGCUCUCGUCCAAGCAGGAGCUGCUCCAGCACCAGGAUCCCGAGCAUGGGGCAUUCAUGGAAUGUGGCCUUCAUUGAAAACCUACAUGAAGCAUCCAAGGCAAUGCAAUUUGAAAAUACCCUAUGAUCCAAAUCAGGUCUUACCUAUACAGGACGCUCUGGAGGAUAGAUGGUUCUCAGUUAAUGGAAGUCCCAUGACCCAUCAAGCCUUGUGGAGGCAUGAGUGGGAUAAACAUGGCACUUGUGCUGCAAGGUCACCUCAUAUGAGAAAUGUUCAAUCGUACUUCUUAAAGGGCUUGGAACUUUUUAAACAAGCUAAUGUUCAAACUAAGCUUACUGCCGCUAACUUCAGGGCUAAGAAAGAGAUGACUAAUAGAAAGAGAUGA